GCCUGCUCCUGCUUGUGGGUGUGGGGGCGCGCUGCAGUGACCUGCUACACCACACCUCGCACCAGCGGGACGAACGCAGCAAGGCUCCGAGGCUCCAGGCUCCGACACUCGCCUUCCCACCAGCUCUUCCAGUUUCUCCUUUUCCGGACGUCCCCUUCCCUGCAGGGCCUGGGCGGCGUGGGGACCAGGUUCAGAACACCCUGGAACAUGGAGCCCUUCCUCAGGAAGCGGCUGGCCUUCCUGUCCUCCUUCUGGAACAAGAUCUGGCCAGCAGGUGCCCAGGGCCACAGCGUCCCCUGCUUCCCCGAGCCGGGUGCCGACCCGGAGCUGGAGCCCCCUGCCGCUGUGCUUGGCAGCCCCCCAGCGCCUGGGCAGUUCUUCAGGGCGCUGUGCGACUUCACGGCACGGUAUGCGGAUGAGCUGAGUGUCAGCCGUGGGGACAGGCUCUACGCCCUCAAGGAGGAGGGCGACUACAUCUUUGCCCGUCGGCUCUCGGGCCAGCCCAGUGUGGGGCUUGUGCCCCUCGCCUUCGUGGCCAAGGCCACUGCUGAGAUGCUCGCAGACCAACCCUGGUACUUCAGUGGCAUCAGCCGCACCCAGGCUCAGCAGCUGCUCCUGUCCCCAGCCAACGUGCCCGGCGCCUUCCUCAUCCGGCCCAGUGAGAGCAGCCAGGGUGACUAUUCGCUGUCAGUCCGGGCCCAGGCCAAAGUCCGCCACUACCGCAUCUCCACGGCGGCUGACGGCAGCUUCUACCUGCAGAAGGGCCAUCUCUUCCCCAGCCUGGGGGAGCUGCUCACCUAUUACAAAGCCAACUGGAAGCUGAUCCAGAACCCGCUGCUGCAGCCCUGCGUGUCCCAGAAGCCCCCGGAGCAGGAUGAGUGGGAGCGGCCGCGCUCCGAGUUCACCCUUCGGAGGAAGCUGGGCAAAGGCUACUUCGGGGAGGUGUGGGAAGGCCUGUGGCUCGGCUCCGUGCCUGUGGCCAUCAAGGUCAUCAAAUCAGCAGCCAACAUGAGACUUGCGGACCUCGCCCAAGAGAUCCAGACCCUGAAAAGCCUGCAGCACGCGCGGCUCCUCCAGCUGCACGCCGUGUGCUCCACUGGCGAGCCCGCGUACAUCGUCACCGAGCUCAUGCGCAAGGGCAGCCUGCAGGCCUUCCUGGGCAGCCCCGAAGGCCGUGCCCUGAACCCUCCAGUCCUGCUGGGCUUUGCCUGCCAGGUGGCCGAGGGCAUGCGCUACCUGGAGGAGCGGCACAUCGUGCAUCGAGACCUGGCCGCCAGGAAUGUGCUCGUGGACGACGACCUGGCCUGCAAAGUGGCCGACUUCGGCCUGGCCCGGCUGCUCAAGGAUGACAUCUACUCCCCAAGCAGCGGCUCCAAGAUCCCCGUCAAGUGGACAGCGCCCGAGGCCGCCCACUACCGCGUGUACUCCCCGAAGUCGGACGUCUGGUCCUUCGGGGUGCUGCUCUAUGAAGUGUUCUCUUACGGCCAGUGUCCCUACGAAGGAAUGAGCAACCACGAGACGCUGCAGCAGAUCGAGAGAGGGUACCGGCUUCCGCGCCCGGCCGCCUGCCCCGCCGAGGCCUACGUGCUCAUGCUGGCGUGCUGGAAAGGCAGCCCGGAGGAGCGGCCGGCCUUCGCCAUGCUGCAGGCGGCGCUGGGCACCGUCCACAGGCGCCUCCACCCCACCCUCACAUGACCUGGGCGCUGCCGGGGCCCGCCCGGGCUGCUCCCUGGCCUCUCUUCAGGACAAUGUUUGCCUCAGCUCAUACAGGGUGCCGGACCGACAGCCCUCAGAGCCCCUGGCCGUGGGCCUCAGUGCUGACACACACAGGUGUGCACACACAGGCCAACAUACAAAAACAUGCACUUGGAGAGCAGAGGGGCUGGCGUCCUCUGCGCGGCGUGGCCACGUCCCUGGCAUGGGCGGGACCCCGAGAGAAGGCCUGUCGAGCUGGGUUUACUCCCCCUCAGGGUGACUGGGGGAGAAGCUCUGAGCCAGCUGAGGUCCCUCCCGCCUGGGACCCACUCCCAGGGUCAAGAGCAGCAGGUGGGGCUUCCCAAUUUUCCCCAGAGUUCCGCCAGGGCCUUGUUGAAGGGACUGGUGGGGGGCUCCCGGGCCGGCCCCAGGCUCUGGGCACGUGGGAUGCAGCACCGCCUGCACACUCACGCCUCUGCCUGUGUGCAGCCCCU